AUGGCUAUUCGAAAACUAACCAAGGAUAUUGAUUUAGGAUCAGAGAAUUCAUAUUAUUUUGAAAAGGAAAAUUUUGAAAACCCGUUGUGUAAUAAAACUGAAAAGGUGUCUGAUGAUAUACUUGAUUUGUUGCCUUUUGAUCCCUUUGUUAUGGAUAUAAGUGUUCUGGAAAUCACUGGUUGGAAAGAGGAUUUUGAUGAGGAUUUUGGGUUAAAAAUUCUUGGGUUUAGUACUAAUGAAUCAGAGCUCAAGGAAGAAGAUGAUCAACUAUUGGCAGGACUAAAUUCGGAUUCAAACAGAAUUUUUGGAGUGGUUGAAGAAUAUUUGGAAGAAAAAAUUGAAAACCAGUCGCCUUAUAGUUACAUUCAUGAUCGACUAUGUUCAAGAUUUCAUCAAAAAUAUUCGAACGAUAGUAUACAAACCAAUGGAGAUUUAUGUAUCAUGAUGUCAGAUGCAUCAGAUAUUGGAGAGUAUAAGAAGGAUAAUACUGAAAAGGUGUUUGAUGAUAUACUUGAUUUGUUGCCCUCUGAUCCCUUUGGUAUGGAUACAAGUGUUCUGGAAAUCACUGGUUGGAAGGAGGAUUUUGAUGAGGAUUUUGGAUUUGAUGAGGAUUUUGGGUUAAAAAUUCUUGGUUUUGGUACUAAUGAAGCAAAGGUCAAGGAAGAAGAUGAUAAAAUAUUGGCAAGACUAAAUUCGGAUUCAAACGAAAUUUUUGGAGUGGAUGAAGAAUAUUUGGAAGACAAAUAUUGGGAGCCCUGGGUUGCUAUGAAACAACAACAUCAGAGUCGCAACACAGUUGAUGGCGAUAGUGAUCGAGACUGUCCUCCAUUGAUUGAUGUUCUUGCUGAUGCUCUGGAUUUGAACAUUGACGUAGUUGAGGAACACACAUAUUGGAAAUCUUGGGUUGCUACCAGAAAGUAUCAGAGGUUCAACACAAUGUCUGACGAUGGUGAUCAAGGCUAUCCAGAUUCAGUGAUUCAUUCUGUUGCUCAUGUUCUGGAUUUGAGCAAAGACGACCUUCCAAAUUUUUUUGGGUUUGCGCUUGCUGAAUCGGAGGUCAAGAAAGGGAAUGAUCAAUUAUUUAGGGAACUGAAUUCAGCUUAUGGCGAUGUUGAUCAAGGCUAUCCCGAUUAUGUGAUUGAUAUUAUUGCUGAUGUUCUGGAUUUGACUGAAGACGAAGUUCCGAAAUUCUUUGGUUUGGGGGCUGAUAAAUUGGAGGUCAAGAAAGAGGAUGAUCCACUAUAUACAAAAGUGAAUUGGGCUUUAAAUUGUAGCAUGAGUUCUUAUCCUGAGGUGGGUGACAUGAACACACAUGAAAAAUCGAUUGGGUCUACAAUGAAUGAAGAAUUUUGGAGUGGUACAUAUUGGGAUUCUGACAAAUAUAGGGAGCUCGUGGCUGCUACUAAUCAACUUCUAUGGUGCAAAACAAUUCGUGACAAUCUUGAGAAGCUAGCUGUUGAUCCUGACUGCUAUUUUGAUGAUUGGGAAAAGGGUAAAACUGAAAAGCUGAGUGAUUAUGGUAAUAAUCACAUAUUGAAAUAA